AUGUCAAAGGGAGCAUUGGCGCAUCGAAUAGAGGUCCUGGAAGCACAGCUAUCCGAUGCCCUAGAUGGGGUAGGAUCAAAUGCUACUUCUCCUCGCUUUGACAGCAAAAGCCAGCCGCGCGGUGUUGGUUGGUUCUUAACGCUAGGUCGGGAGAGCGAGCAACCUCUUUAUCUGGGCCCGUCUUCGGGUAUAUCAAUUGCAGAAAGUCUGAGUUGCAUGAUUCACAACUCAGUGAAAUCAAAGCUGCUUCCUAUAAAUGCCAGCAACCAGUCCGAGUCCAUGACGCAGGAUCAAGGCCAGACUAAAGUCUCGCCACCGGAUGAUACCAUUGGCUCUCAGAUCCUCCAUGCUUACUUCAAGAACCAGCAUAUUCGCCUCCCAUUCCUGGAUCGUUCGGACAUCCUUCAUUUGCAUGCAAACAGGAACCAACCAGUUGGUCCUACACCACUAGACCAAUUUGGACGGUUCAAAAUAUUCAUGGUCUACGCCAUCGGAGCAGCUUUUCUCCAAAUGACCGAGAUCUAUGAUUCAACCCCUCCAAAUAAUUUUCUUGCCACAGCAUUACAAUUCGACACAACACUAAGAGAAUCUUUGUCGACUUCAAGUAUAGAAGCAAUGAUGUUGCUCGUGCUAUAUCACACUCGCUCAUCUUCAAGUCCUAAUGUUUGGUACAUGAUUGGCCUAGCGAUGCGAAUGUGCGUAGAUCUUGGACUCCACCGGGAAGCAGGAUAUCAAAAGAUGGAACCCCAGGAGGGCCAAUUGUGCCGCCGUCUUUUCUGGAGCGUCUACAUCAUCGAACGAUACACAGCAUGGUCUCACGGUCGGCCAUUCAGUAUUGCGGAAGAAGACAUUGAUGCAAAAUUGCCAUUAAACAUGACUGAAUCGUUUGAAUAUCAUUGCCAUAAAAGGACAAUUGAAAGCCCGCCAACCCCUCCAACGGAAACACACAAGUCGACGCUGGGCCGCUUCAUCGCUUCUAUAAAAUUGCAACGGAUCGUCUCUCGGAUUCAUGCACGCGUCUUCCGAGUCGAUAAAAGCCUCCCCGAGUUGGUCUCAGAAAUACCACCAUUGAUGGAUUCUUUGCAAGAAUUUAAACAAUCACUGUCCUUUCUGGAUCUUAGUGACGGAGAUUUUGUCUAUAUGCAUUGGAACAAUGCGAUCCGGGGCUUAUUACAGCCAUUUUUGAAUAUUCUCCAUUCGCAUGACAGGUUGAUUGGUAUCUGCCUUUCGGCGUCCGGGCAGAUGUGCCAGUUCUUCAAGCGUUUACGACAGAGAGACUCAUCAGGAUACUCGUUCUUAUUGGUCAACUCGGUUUUCAUGGCUGGCUUGACUAUGUGGUUAGUGAUUCACUCGAACACUGUUGCAUUUGAUGCUAAAAAAAUCAGUUUCUGCCUCUUCCGUUCGCCAGCACUUUGGACGCCGGCUGUAUCAAACGACCUCCGAGCCUGCUCUUCUGCCUUGUUUGUCAUGGCGGAACGCAAUCCUCGAUUGAAACCAUACCGUGACAAAUUGGAGACUAUUAUCAACCGCGUCAUGGAAUUUGUUGAAAAUUCAUCUGCCUGUGCCUUGGAAAAUGAGCUAUCUCUGCCCGCGAAUGCGGAUCCAAUAUGUUUCCAGCAACAACAACAACAACCGCUAACGCAAUUUUCGCUCGAUCCUAUGCACACGUUCGAUCCGCAAUCACUUCCACCGAAUAUUGCUCAACCACUUGCACUUGGUUCAUUCAAUUCCCAGAGCUCUGACAUAAUUCCGAAUUUGCCGGACCAUCCUUCGAUUUUUGAAGGAGGAUCUGGGGGUGCUGUCGAAGCAAGCUCAUUGCAUGAUUGGUUGAGUGAGGAAUUUUGGGAAGCGGAUGGUUUUAAUAUGCCCAUGUUAGAUGGUUGUAAUUGGAAGGUAUGA